CUAGAUUGCGGCGAAGCUGGCAGCGACUGGGACACAGAGAGAGGGGAAAGAAGUGAAAUCUGGAGAGGAGGCUUUUCCAGGAGCUCAACCCAGAACAAGCGCUUCGGAGCCUCCAGACUCUGGAGACUUUUUUCUUUGUCUCUCUUUCUCCUUCUUCUUAGAAAUGUAGUUGUAUAUUUGAAAAAAGAAAAGCCCAGCCUCACUAGUUGAUGAGAGAGGUUCUGAGCCGCUAAGGCUCCGUUUUGCAGAGCUCCGCAGCGCGCCGCAGCUGCUUUUGCACAGUCGAACAUCAGCAACUGUUUCCCCGCUCCAAACCGCAGCCGCCCCGCUGCCUUGGUCCCGAAAUGUGCGACCUGAUGCCGGCCUCCCAGCCCGCUGAGAAGAUAGGCAAGAUGAAAAAGUUGAGGAGAACUUUGUCGGAGAGUUUCAGAAGUAUCGCUUUCAAGAAGGAAGACAGUGGCUUUGAUGAGAUAUGUGUCACAAAGAUGUCCACACGCGGCUGCCAGGGAACGGACUCGGUCAUCAAGCCCCUGGACACCAUCCCUGAGGACAAGAAGGUGAGAGUUCAGCGCACGCAGAGCGGCUUCGACCCGUUUGAGAAGCCUGCCAGCCAGGUGAAGAGGGUCCACUCGGAAAACAAUGCCUGCAUUACUGCCAAGAGCUCGUGUACUGGGAAAGAGUCGCCCAAACUGCGCAGGCACUCCAGCCCAAGUUCUCCCACAAGCCCCAAGUUUGGAAAGGCAGACUCAUAUGAGAAGCUGGAGAAGCUGGGAGAAGGCUCAUAUGCAACAGUUUACAAGGGAAAGAGCAAGGUGAACGGGAAGCUGGUGGCUCUGAAAGUGAUCCGUCUGCAGGAGGAGGAAGGAACACCCUUCACAGCCAUAAGGGAGGCAUCUCUUCUGAAAGGACUGAAGCAUGCCAACAUCGUGCUCCUCCAUGACAUCAUCCACACCAAGGAAACCCUGACUCUGGUGUUUGAGUAUGUGCACACAGACCUGUGUCAGUACAUGGACAAACACCCAGGCGGUCUCCACCCAGACAACGUGAAGCUCUUCUUGUUCCAGUUGUUGAGAGGCCUGUCCUACAUUCACCAGAGCUACAUCCUCCACCGUGACCUGAAACCACAGAACCUGCUCAUCAGCGACACUGGAGAGCUAAAACUCGCCGACUUUGGCCUUGCCAGGGCCAAGUCAGUCCCUAGUCACACCUACUCCAAUGAGGUGGUGACCCUGUGGUACCGGCCUCCAGAUGUCCUGCUGGGAUCCACCGAUUACUCCACCUGCUUGGACAUGUGGGGAGUGGGCUGCAUUUUCAUCGAGAUGAUUCAGGGAGUGGCUGCCUUUCCUGGAAUGAAGGACAUCCAGGACCAGCUGGAGAGGAUAUUCCUGGUUCUUGGAACUCCGUCUGAGGAAACAUGGCCUGGCGUUAACUCCCUGCCUCACUUUAAAACAGAACGCUUUACAGUGUACAGCGCCAAGAAGCUUCGACAAGCGUGGAAUAAGUUGGGCUACGUGGACCACGCUGAGGAGUUGGCCUCCAGGUUCCUCCAGUGCUUCCCAAAGAACCGGCUGUCAGCACAGGCGGCCCUCAACCAUGAAUACUUCAGCAACCUUCCUCCACGGCUCUGGGAGCUGCAGGACAUGUCUUCUAUCUUCACUGUACCAAAUGUCAAGCUGCAGGUAGAGAGCGGGGACAGCAUACAGGUGUGCACACGGAAAAACAGCCACGGGAAGGCGUCGUCUGGCAGCAAGCACUGACCUGCGCCAGCAUCCUGCACAUGACUGCCUGACAGGUGGCUGCUGUGAAAAAAGAAAAGGUGAAGAUAAAGAUGGUGACAUCGAGAAGGCCCCCAGCUCUCUCUUUAUUUAUUACCUUCACAAAAUGGAUGUGUGAGUGUGUGUGUGUGCGUGUGUGUGUGUGUGAUGUAUGCAUGCAUCAGAAGGUGAGUGAAAAGGUGCAUUUUGAAUGGUACCUAAGAUUUCAGACUAUUAUUUGCAAGUUUUGUUUACUUUUUAUAAAGUUCCAAUAACUCAUGUAUCAUUGUCACAGUAGAAACAAAAGAACUUUACUAUCGCUACAUAUUGUGUUUUGUGUUUGUAACUAGCCUCCUAUUUAAGAAUGUAUAUUUGUAUGUAUGAUGUAAUCAUCUAGAAACUAUAUAAAGGACAGUUUUAUUAUUAUUGCUUGUUACCACUGUACGACUCUCACCAGGGAAGCUCUCCCUAUAGACACACACAUUCAGGAGGCUCAGUCCAAUCACGCUGAAGACCACAGGAAGUCCUUAGGAUUCUGAUUCAUUUCUGUCCAGUUCAACUCUGAUUUACCGAUUUUUAGAGGGGGAAAAAAAACUAUAAAUGGGAUAAUGAUGAUGAUGAUAAUAAUGAUGAUGAUGAUGACAGCUUUAAAGUGAUGCAACUUGUCCCCUGGCAGCCAUGUUGGAGGUCCUUCAUUCUUCAUAUUUCAGAUCGAGACCAGUCUCUGUAAAAUAUACUUAUUUCCUUGUGACGUUAUGAAUCAUUUUUGUCUUUGUGGUUAAUAUUUUUGAAAGAAAAGUUCUUUUUUGAAGGUUGCUGGGAGUUAGAGAGAAAGUAGCAGCUGUAAAAAUGGCAAUUAUCCUAAAACAUUUAGCUUCACAGUUUUUUUUUUUUGUUUUCUGCUCUACAUCAUGCAUGUCAAUAUCAAAUGUAAAAAGACCUGGCUAGUUUCUUUAAGGAAGCUGAUAAAGCUGCCCAACUCUUCCAAAUAAAAUAACAUAAAAAACACUUGGUCUCAUGUACAAAGAGUUGCACGGAUUUCCUGCUGAACCAAAAACACAAAAACACAGGACCCCGGUAUUUGCAGGGUUUAGGGACCAAACCCGCUCACAAAUAGAUGAAAUCCGCAAACAAUAGAGAGUCUUUCUCUGAAAAGCUUUAUAGCUCCUUAUUUUAUCAUUCAAACACCAAAUAUAUCUUAACGUGCAUUUAUACACACAGUGGAAGCCAUCUUAGUUCUAACGCAGAAGCUAUCAACAACAAUCUUACUUAUCUUUACUCUUUGGGAUAAUCGGAAAAAUAAAUGGCGCUCCUGGAUUGGCCGGUUUACAAAUGCUAGUCAAUAGUGUGUCAGGUAGCAUUGAACCAAGUUAUUUUAAUUUCCUAAUCUGUUUUUUUAUUUAUUUUCUUAUAUAAUCUCUAUGAAAAAAUAUGUGAAUACUUCCAAAGAAAAAUCCAGAAUUUAGCGAAUACACAAACGCAAAUAGCUGGGAGUCCACUGUAGUUAAAUAUUUACCCUGCAGGGGAAAUUCUUCUCUCUGAAUUAUCAAAAACCAUUUCUUUAUUGAAAAAAAGGGUACUUGGAAAUUUUCCUUAAUAAGGUAGAUGCACAAAAAAGCACAGAUUUCACAAGUAAUGAUGGUAAUGAGUCACAGGUUGAUUUGCAAAACCUGUUAAUAUUGAAUACCUGUUACAGUAACAGGAUCACACACUGUUAUUGUAAAUGAAGGCAGCAGUAUGCGGAGGGAAAGGUUGAAGCUGACAACUGCUGUAAACACAAGAGAUGUAGAGAUGUGAAAUAAGUUAAGAAUUAGGUUGGAUAAAUGUCUCUGCUAAAGCUUAAAUAUGAUGUUUAUUUUAAAAAUAGUCAUUCUAUCCUCACUCUGUCUCUCUGAUAGGUUAAACUGAUGGCAUCAUUUAGAUUUCUAUGUUUGUACUGUAGACUGAAGGAAGCUCAGAGGAAUCCAUGUCAGGAGUCCAAAGGGGGCAGCCUGAUGAUGGGGAGCCAGAAAACAGCCUUGUCAUGCGAAAGGACAGGAUACCUCCAUUUUGGGACACAUGCUGUUAAGUUUCUCGGAACCAGCUGUGGUUUUGGCUGUGGUUCUGUCAGCCUUGUCUCUGUCAAAUGGAAGAGACAAUCAGCAGCUUCCUCUCUGAGCAGAUAGCAAGCAGGUUGUUGGAUGUUUGGCUUUUCCCUCUCCUUUCAGAUGUACAAGCAACUCUAAAAUCUUUCUACAAGAUUCAAGAUUUAAGUAAAAUUGGCCUGAACUACUCUUAGAAGAAAAACAGGUUGUCCUUUUGACAUGCAUUUAAAUUUGAGUGUUUUCAGCUUUUAAUCCCAACAAUUUAAAAGUUAUUGCUUUUUGACAAUGUCAGGAGGACAACCUAUGAAAUUAAAAGAUGAUUUAAUUUAAUGUCACCCGAGGGUGUUUUUUUAAACAGUUUAUAGUCGUUUUUACAUCUGUACAUAUAUAAUAAUGCUUCAGGUCAGUUUUUUGUGAAUUCUUAGGAUGUUCUGAUGUCGCAGUUUAAUCUUUAAAAAAAUGAAGUAAUCAGUCAAAUCGUUGAUAAUGCAAUGAAUACAAAAUGCUUGGUGCCCAGAGGCUUAAUGAGCAUAAUAUUAAAGUAAUAACCUGAAAUGUCCCAAUAUUAUAUUCACACUGUGAUGUAUGCGAUAGCCUUAAUAAUAAUAAUAAUAAUAAUAAUAAUAAUAAUAAUAAUAAUAAUAAUAAUAAUAAUAAUAAUAAUAAUAAUAAUAAAGCCAGUGGAGUUCAAGGUACUUUCUACAGCAUGCUUUCUUACCAACAGCCUAUCAUCUGUAGAAACUCUCACGGCAGCCAUGACGUUUCCACUGUCCUGCUCAAAUAUCGAUGCUUCUCUAUUUAAUUUAUGGACAAUCAUCUGCACCCUUUGAACAUGAGGCUCCUGCAGUCUAAUAUUUCUAAAUGGGACUCUAUCAUUGUAUUGUUGGGUUGGGUAGCGUCAGUGGACCUCCAUGAUGGAACCAGAUCUUGUUGUUGCAACCUGAAAGCUUCUCCUGAACAAUCUGUGUUGAACAUAUUGAUGAUGAAGGGACAGCAUAAAGUGUUUUUAGACGCAAUACUCCAAUGGACCACAACGGCUGUGGUGGAAACAUACGUUUGAGCGUAACAAACAUGGGCAAUAUAAGUGUCAGUGCUUCCAUCUGAGAAUAUGAGCUAAUGUACAUAAAGACCAACCAGCAAGGCAAUAGGCUGAAAAGCCUCACUGUAUGUUUUAAUCCAGUUCAAAUUCAUCUUCCCAGUUUUCUGACAUGCCAAAAAAUUUGAUCGAUCGAUGUUGAUACCUACAUCAGUUUGUUCCUGAGUCACGAGUUGUGACUACACCAGAGUUUUCUUUGACAAAGUAAAUGUGUGAAGGAUGGGUUUAUGUGCAGCCUGUGCUGCGAAGGUUGUGCAUAACUUUGACUCGUCCCUAGACCACCAACAUACUCUCUCCUGAGGCUGUUCCCUCAGAUGUCUUCUCCCCAAACUUUGCAUAUUUUCCUGGAUGUUUUGGAACUUUCUACUGAACAAAGCUCAGCUAUAUAAAGUAACAUCAUUUGCAAAAAUGUUUAAAAUUAGUUUUUCUAUUGCUAAGAUUUCUUGGUUUUUUGGGUUUUUUUUCUUUUUGUAUAAAGAUAUUUGAAUAUUACAGAGUAGUUGUUUGGUGAUAAUUGUGAGGUACUAUCAAACUAAUGGCUUCCUUUUUAUUAGUCCAUUUCAGAACAAGUGAGACAAUAAUAACGGCCCUGCACUGUUGAACAGCCAAGAACAUGAGGCUGCAAAUAAAGCCACGGACAAAUGGAUACUGUAGAUAUUAUUCCUAUUCCUAACACACACAAUAAUAUGCCCACACUCAAGUUUGCAUUUCAACCCAUAUUAUGACUUUGUAUUGACUUCCAUUCAUUUAAGUAACUGCAUAUAAGCCUAACCCAGACAUUUUCCCAAACCAAAACCGAAUUCACGUCACACCUCUAACCCCUAACCCUAAACAACGAGGCCCUCCGUAUUAGGACUGGGCUUUGGUCCCCAUGAGGCCCGUUGGUCUUCAAAAGGUUAGUAAAUAUGCUGGAAAUGGUCCUAAAUACGAUAGCUAAACAAGUAUACACAUACACAAUUCCAGGUGUGUACAGUAGAAACUGCUCUGCAGAGUCUGCAGCUCCAGCUACAGUAUGGUUUAUUUUCAACGCCACUGUUCAGCUAAAACUUUUUUCUCUUUUUCUAAAAGGUUACUUAAUGCAACUGUUGCAGUAAAACGUUCUCUCCAUCCAAACCACUAUUGUAUUUUUAAGAAUGAUAUCCCAAAGGUAGCUAAUGACAUGCUUUGGUAUAAAACCAAAUGUCACACUCUCCGUCCUUCCUGAGUGAUGGGAGGGUGCAGCAUGAGAUGGAUAAACUAACCAAGAGUCCGUAAUGAUGCAGAAGAGCCUUAUUUUUUGGUCUUUCUGCUGUAAUCAGGUUGAGGUCUCAGACUAAAAUGUCUGACAAACCCUCCCUUCUGGCUCUACCUUAGUGGAAACAGUAAGUAGGUGGUAGUAUCAGUAUAGUGAAGUACAGUCUGUUUGAUAAUUGGUACGUAGCAUUCAAAAUAAAUACCAUAGAAAUUUACCUAUAUCCCUACUAGCAUCUGUACCCUUGUAUGGCAAUAAUACAGUCCACGAAUUCAUAAUAGCAACAACCAAAAAAAUAAUCAUUUAGAAAAUUUUGUCCAAACCUAUGGUACAGAUACACUUACAGUAACAACAUGUUUGUUUGUUUGUUUCUAACUUCAACUAGAGGAUUUUUAGAAAUAGAAGUUAAGUCAAAUUUAUCACAGAUAUGAAAAAAAUGUUGCAUAUUGAGGGUUUUUCAGACCCACUCAAUAUUGAUUUAGUAACAAGCUGGUAAACAGAGAAUAAAUAGGGAAACCAGAACCUUUUCACCUUUUUACACCAGAAAUAAAAACCCAAUCAAGUCAUUUUCCACUUAAUAACUUUACCUGUUUUUCUUCUUUUAGUUGGACAUUUGUAGCGCUGAACUGGAGCCGUUGGGAAUAAAUUGUUGGACUGAGACUGUUGCUUGCAAGGUUGAUUACAGCGACUGCUGUUUCUCCUGUGAAUGACAUCCAAGUACUGCGUACAGGUGGGAAUAUCCAACCACUAACAGGGAAGCUAUGGAGUUAUGAGGCACUUAGACAUUUUAUUGUGAAUCCGUUCCAAUCCAGCUUUUCCAACCACAGAGUCGAACCUCUGAGGUUUAAAAAAGAUUUUAAAAGAGAUGAUGGGCUUAACUUACCCAGCAGCAUUUUAAAAAAUGCACUUUAAGUAAAAAUUGCCUGUAUGGUCACUUUACUCUCUGGCUUUCCCUAAACGAUAAACGCAUAAAUAUUCAUGCCCUCUCGCUCGGCUGGAUGCAGAGCAUGCCGGCUUCCUCACAAAUGUAAAUCUCAUCCCUGGAUGUGAACUCUUACAUGGACAGAGGGGAGCUGGUAGAACUGCUCUACUUGAAGUUAUCUUUCAGCUUUUCAGUGUCACCCGCAGGCUGUGAUUGUGCAGCAGGAAAAAGGGGAGGAGAGGCGGUGGGUAAUGCCACUAAAGCAGCGUGACAGAAGAGGGUUAAUACCAUCGAGCUGCGCUAGGAUUGCCCAGCCUCGAGUGGCUUUAGGGAUUGCAGGCAAUAUUAGCCAAGAAUAAUUAUUUUUGCUAUGUUGCUCCCUGUGUGAGCACUCUCUGUGUGCCGCGCGUUGCUUCGUAACACCCCCCAACUGUUUCCCGGAGCUUCUGCAGCCUGCAGUUUGCUGUAAAACUUUUCAAGUCCCACGUGGGCAGAGUUGAAACUCUGUUCAAACAGGAAUGUUCUUCAUACAUUUUGUAGAAGGUCCAGUGAAAGGGGUGGUAUUGCAUAUUUAACACUGUGACUGCAAAAUGGAAUAUCACCGGAAACGUCAAAGGUGGAAGCUUAGUGUAUGGUGGUAAACAGGGUUGGAAGAGUCUCCUUAGCGCUAAUAAAAAGUCAUGUAUGAUAACGCAUAUUUCUAUAAAUAUAUAUAUAUAAAAGGCCUCUAUUUUUGGCAUUUAUCAUGUGGACUUAAGUGGUUUGACUAUAAUAAACAUGUAGGUUGGCUCUGACAUGCAUCCUGGCUGUGCUCAUCAAUAAAUCUGUGUUUGCAAGAUUUUAA